AUGUUGAACAAAACUGCCGCAAUGUCCCUGGUGCAUGACAGUGAAACUCCUGAAGAUAGGGUGGUCGAAAUCCUAUCUAGGUUGCCGCCCAAGUCUCUGAUGCGAUUCAAAUGCAUACGUAAGUCUUGGUGCAGUCUCAUCAAUAGUCCAAGUUUUGUGGCCAAAUACCUCAGCAAUUCCGUGGACAACAAACUCUCAUUCUCCACUUGUAUCCUUCUCAACCGUACUCAGAUGCACGUUUUCCCGGACCAGAGUUGGAAAUAUGAAACUUUAUGGUCCAUGAUGAAUCUUUCCAACUAUAGUGAUGAGUACAACCUUCAUUAUGAUUUGAAGGACCUAAAUAUACCGUUUCCAAUGGAAGACCAUCAUCCAGUGCAAAUUCACAGUUAUUGCAAUGGUAUUGUUUGUGUAAUAACAGGGAAAAGUGUUCGUAUUUUAUGCAAUCCUGCAACACGGGAAUUCAGGCAACUUCCUGAUUCAUGCCUUCUUCUCCCUUCCCCUCCGGAUGGAAAAUUCCAAUUGGAGACGAUCUUUGAAGGAUUAGGAUUCGGCUAUGAUUACAAAGCUAAAGAAUACAAGGUUGUGCAAAUUAUAGAAAAUUGUGAGUAUUCAGAUGACGAGCGAAGAUAUUAUCAUCGUAUUGCUCUUCCUCACACGGCUGAGGUAUACACCACGGCUGCUAACGCUUGGAAAGAGAUCAAGAUUGAGAUAUCAAGUAAAACCUAUCAGUGUUAUGGUUCAGAAUACUUGAAGGGAUUUUGUUAUUGGCUUGCAAACGAUGGCGAGGAAUACGUACUUGCAUUUGAUUUAAGUGAUGAAAUAUUUCAUAUAAUACAAUUGCCUUCUAGGAGAGAAUUUGGUUUUAAAUUUUAUAAUAUUUUUCUGUGUAAUGAAUCCAUUGCUUCGUUUUGCUGUUGUUAUGAUCCAAAGAACGAGGAUUCUACAUUAUGUGAAAUAUGGGUUAUGGAUGACUACAACGGAGUUAAGAAUUCAUGGACAAAACUCCUAACCGUUGGACCCUUAAAAGGAAUUAAUGAGAAUCCAUUGGCAUUUUGGAAAAGUGAGGAGCUUCUUAUGGUUUCCUGCGAUGGAAGAGUCACCUCUUAUAAUUCUAGUACCAAAAAUCUCAGCUAUUUUCAUCUUCCUCCUAUUCUCAAUGAGGUUAGAGAUUUCCAAGCUGUUAUUUAUGUGGAAAGUAUUGUUCCAGUCAAGUGA